GUAGGAUACACGCCAAAUAAUCCCACGGCACACCACGUGACUAUACCGGAAGGAUUUUUGUCUGGGAUAAACUGAGCCAAUCGAGAUUCAAAGAUGGCAGCGGUCAUAGUUGUUCAUGGCGGUGCUUGGGCCAUACCUGAAGAAUUGUCCAAAGCCUCUGUUGAUGGAGUCAAGGCUGCUGCACGGGAGGGGUUUUCUGUGCUCAAAAGAGGAGGAAAUGCACUGGAUGCUGUUGAAUCAGCCGUGAGGGCGAUGGAAGACAAUAACAUGUUUAAUGCAGGCCAUGGAGCAGCACUAAAUAGUGAAGGAGAAGUGGAACUGGAUGCUAUUAUCAUGGAUGGAAGGACACUUGCGAGUGGUGCUGUUUCCUCAGUGAAGAACAUUGCCAACCCAGUGUCACUAGCAAGAGCAGUGAUGGAGAAGACCGACCACGUCAUGUUGACAAGCAGGGGUGCCAACAUGUUUGCGGAGAGCAUCGGCGUGGUUACGGUUCCCACGGAUGCACUGGUGACUGAAUACGAGCGAAACGAAUGGGAGAAACACAAGAACUACAUUACAGGAGUAAUGGAAGAUUUCAACACUAAGUGGGCCCAUGAUACUGUCGGGGCAGUGGCUGUGGACUGUACUGGUAAUGUUGCAUGUGCGACAUCAACUGGAGGGAUCCGAAAUAAAAUGGUUGGCAGAGUAGGAGACUCCCCAGUCAUUGGUGCUGGAGGAUAUGCAGACAACUUCAGCGGUGCAGUAUCAUGUACAGGACAUGGAGAGUCCAUUCUUAAAGUCACCUUGGCCAGACACAUUCUUUCAUACAUGGAACAAGGUAAAACGGCUGCAGAGGCUUCAGAGUUAGCUCUGCAGCACAUGGGAGUUCGUGUGCGUGGUGCAGGAGGUGCCAUUGUAGUCUCUCCAUCAGGACAGUGGGCGGCCACAUUCACAACAGAGCGAAUGGCUUGGGCAGCCGUAGAAGAUUCGGUUUUGUGGUACGGAUUAGACCCAAAUGAAAAAUUACAAGAGCAGUUAUCCCAGUAACAACUUUAAUAUGGGUUUUAUCCCCACAAGCUGUAUGUUUUUAGAUGCAUUUCUAAUGUUUUCAGAAGUAUAUUAACACCUGAAAAAAAUUAUGUUUUAAUACACUACAGUACUAAUAUGUAUGCCAAGUAAGUUUUAAUUACAAGUAAAAUUGUACAAAGAAAUUUACAAUGACAUUUUCUUCCUCAAUGUUAUUAAUUCAAAUUAACCCAUAAAGACUGAGCACUACUUUUGUGUCAGUUCCCAAAUGAAAUGUCCUCUAAAUUUAAUCUGUCUUAAGUGAUUUAUCACCAUUUAU